AUGGAACAUACCAAUUUCUCAGAUGACCCCUUUGAAGCAAUCGACGCCAUUGAGCGCAUCGAAUGUGGCAGAGAUGCAGCGAAGCACUUCGGGUUUGCCAAGGACUACGUCAACCUCAAUCACGGGUCAUUCGGGACGUAUCCACUGGAGAUCAAAGCCGUCCUACGCCACUUCCAAGAUCAACACGAAGAGCGCCCGGACUGGUUCAUCCGCUAUGAAUAUCCCCGACUCAAUGACGAAGCGCGCACAGCCAUUGCUAAAUGCCUUCACGCACCCGUCGAAGGAGUUGUCUUCGUUCCCAACGCUAGUACCGGCGUGAACACGGUCCUCCGAAAUCUAGUCUACCAGCCCGGAGACGUGAUCAUCUACCUCGCAACAAUCUAUGGCAGCUGCCACAAGACCAUCGAAUACAUCACCGAGACUACCCCCGCCGAAAGCCGAAAAGUCGAAUACACAUACCCAACCUCCGACGCAGACCUCUGCUCCAAGUUUGAGGCCACAGUCCAAGCAAUCAAAUCAGCAGGCAAGAACCCUCGCCUAGCAGUCUUCGACACCAUCGUCUCCAUGCCCGGCGUCCGCAUGCCCUUCGAAGACCUCACGCGCCUCUGCAAAUCUCACGGCGUCUUGAGCAUGAUCGAUGCGGCCCAUAGCGUAGGUCACAUCCCCCUGGACCUUACAGAGCUGGACCCGGACUUCUUCGUAAGCAAUUGCCACAAAUGGCUUCACGUCCCGCGAGCGUGUGCGGUCUUUUACGUCCCCGAGCGGAACCAUCGCUUGAUGCGCUCGAGUUUGCCGACGAGUCAUGGGUUCGUGCCGCUAGACGAUGGGGGUCUAGUCAGUCCGCUGCCGCCAAGUGCGAAGAGCGAGUUUGUGAACAAUUUCGAGUUUGUGGGAACGCUGGACAGUUCGCCGUAUCUUUGCGUGCCUGCGGCGUUGAAGUGGAGGAGUAAGGUUACGUGGAAGGAGUGGAAAGGCGAGGAGGCGAUCUUCGCGUACUGUCAGGAGCUGGCAAGGGAGGGUGGUGAGAAGGUGUCGAGUAGCCUGGCGACGGAGGUUAUGGAUAACGCUGAGCGCAGUCUUACGAAGUGCAGUUUUGCGAAUGUGGAACUGCCGCUGUCGUAUUCCGAGAUGAGCGGCGGUGACUAUGGUACGGCGGUCAAGGUUGCACAGUGGAUCUCGAAAGUGCUCGUGGACGAACACAAUACUUUCCUCGCCAUCCUCAUUCACAAUGGCAAGUUCUGGAUCAGAUUGAGUGCGCAGAUCUAUCUGACCAUCGACGACUUUGACUGGUGUGGGCAACCGCUGCAAAAGGUAUGCGAUAGGGCGAGGAAGGGGGAGUGGAAGGAGAAAUCCAAGUCGUAG